AUGUUAGCUCCAGAUCUUAGACAAGUUUCUAACUAUACAGGUAAAGAAACGCCAGAUAAGUAUAUACAAAAAAUUACAAAUAUUUUUGAAUCUGCUGGUGCUAUAAUCACGGCCGCUAAUAAUGCUAAUGCAAACAUUUUUAUUGAUGUUCAGAAAUUACCAGUAAAUAAUCUCUAUAAAAGUGAUAAUCCUGCUAUUAAUUUACCCACUACAUUUAUGGUUUAG